AUUUCCUGGUUUUAUUUAGGAUAACAUUGUCUAGACGUCUGCAAAAGGAAACUGAGUAGUGAAUCAUGUUCAUUUUAUUGUAGUCAUUGACUCAGUGUUGUGUAAGCAAACAGUUCAGAUAACAGCAUAUACAAAACAAAAGGACACGCGUACGAAUUUAACACAUCGCUGAUCUACAUUAGUUAACCUCUAGCAUCGCGGGUUUCACAAUGAAGCACUGGCAGUAUCAUUAUGAACAAUAUGAGGCCAGGAAACGUCCUGUUCACCAAAUAGUGUAAAUGGAAUAACUGUUUAACUCAGAAUUAGGUACUUUUAUUUUCAAGUUACGUCGCAGGGUCCUCCCGCACCAGACAAAAGCGUCCUUCAGGAGAUACCGAGAAUGGGCCGUCGAAGAAACCCAAGCCAUGCGCGGCUGAGUUGCCGUUCCUGCGCCGACUCCGCAAGAAACUCGAUCCUGGGUCGCGGCCCAGAUUACACGCCCACAAGACACAAGAGUUGCAGCGUAUAGCUUUACCCUGCACAUCUUCGGGCUAUCCUAUGUAUCAGGAUGAAGCUGAAGGGAAAGAGCCAGAGGAAGAGCAACCCAACAAAAUGACUACCAAAUCAAGGCUUACAAAAGCUAACCGAGGAAACACAGAAGAGGUUGAUGCACCGACUCCAGUAAAACUGCCCACGGGCGGCCUUCAAUUAGAUCAGGACAACUUAGCUAUGUCGCCUUUCAGUACCCUGGCCUUAAAACUGCUGGCCACAUCUACGCCUAAAACUACAGUCAAUCUAUUCAAUCCUGAAAUAGUGUCGAGUCCACUUCAAGUGUGUCUGGAGGCGACACCUCCGAAAUACACCUUUAAAACUCCCGAAAAUACUACUGUGUCAAAAGACUGGCAAUGUUCUGACUACUGGGUUCAACUUAAACCUGAAGCCAACAAUUGCACUGUGUCUUUGACAGACAUCUCAAAAACGGAUGCUGAUUGGAAAUGCGAAGAUUGCUGGAUCUCUUAUAAGAGUACUGUAGACAAAUGUGCGGCCUGUGGCGGGGUCCGGCUCGGUGUCAAAGAAAACAAUCCCGCUAAUGUGACGUCCAACACGUCGUCGUUCUUCGGAUCAAGUGACUAUAUAAACAAAGCGUUUAUUCAAUCUCAAGAGUCAAAUAAAUGGGAAUGUUUCGGCUAUUUAGUCAACAAUGAGAAUGAUAAAGAUAAGAUAAAGGCUCCGCUUCAGCAGAUGCAGCCGGCGCCCCUGCAGAGCCAGCUGCCGGCCGGCCGGCGCCUGCGCAAGGCCUUUCGCAGAAUCUCGCAACGAUGAAAUUUACAUCGCCUGUAGCACUAUAUGGACCGGAUUCAGUAAGCGUCCUCAUUUAAACUUAAUCCCACAAGUGCGUGUCAAGUGUAGUCACAAGGGAGUAGGUACCUAAAGAAAAUUAAAUAUCAAUUGUAUCAUUUUUAUUUUAUUUUUUUUUUAUUUUUGUUAGAUUUAAAUA